AUGCUCGCCUCGCUACUCUUCCUCGUCCUUGCGGCUGCCGUUGCUGCUGCCGCAGGACCGCGCAUCAAGACACGGGCUGGUGGUGACAAAUACCUCAUUGGUGUGGGCAAAGCAGACAUAACGGGACCGGUUGUUGAGAUUGGAUUUGCGGGCUACGCCGACCUUGCUCAGACGGGAAGCGGGCUGCGACAGCGCCUGUACAGCCGCGCCUUCAUCGUUGGAGACAUCAACAACCCUGAUGACAGGUUCGUGUAUCUCGUCCUGGAUGUGCAGUCUGGUGAUACGGCGAUGCGCUACGGCAUUCUGGAGGCGCUCGAGGAACUUGGGGAUGACUAUGCCAUGUAUGGCCAGCACAACGUUGCCGUGACUGGGACGCAUAGCCAUGCUGGACCGGGUGCGUGGUUCAACUACUUGUUGCCGCAGAUCACAACGUUUGGUUUCGACAAACAGAGCUACCAAGCAAUCGUCGACGGCGCGAUAUUGUCCAUUCAACGGGCGCAAGAGAGUCUGCAAGAGGGCUACCUCGAUGUAGCGACAGCUGAUGUCGUCAAUGGCGCCAUCAACAGGUCUCUCUUCGCGUACCAGAACAACCCCGAAGAGGAACGCAACCGGUACGCGGACAGCGUCGACACCAAGAUGACUGUUCUGAGAUUCCAGCGAGCGUCCGACAACAAGGACAUGGGCGUGCUGACCUGGCACGCCGUCCAUGCUACAUCGAUGCUUGGUAACAGUACCCAUGCCGCUGGCGACAACAAGGGCCUCGCGUCGUGGAUGCUGGAACGGGACCUGGGUGAAAACGACAAUGCGGCAGACGACUUUGUAGCGGCGUUCAGCCAGGCGAACCAUGCAGAUACUUCACCGAACGUGCUGGGAGCAUUUUGCGACGAUGGAUCUGGAAUGGAGUGCGACUUUGAGCGAAGCACAUGUGCCGAUGGAGCAGUUGACGCUUGUCACGGGCGUGGACCAAAGUUCGAGGCGCUUGACCUGGGAGUUUCUAGCUGCCACGAGAUAGCAACUCGUCUGGCGUCUGCAGCCAAAGAGGCCUAUGACUCAUUUGGCUCGACGUCGACCCCCAUAGUUGGUUCCAGUGUCAAGUCCUUCCACUUCUUCCACAACAUGAGCUUCUGGGACUUUGCGCUGCCCGAUGGAAAAGCAGCGCAGACCUGCCCUGCGGCACUGGGCUAUUCCUUUGCUGCAGGCACCUCUGACUGGCCUGGCAUGUUCGACUUUUCGCAAGGUGACUCGGGAGAUCCCGAUGCCAAUCCGCUGUGGGCUGUUGUCAAGAACAUUCUGCGAACGCCCAGUCCCGAGCAAGAGGCAUGCCAGGGCGAGAAGCCAGUGCUACUUGAUAUCGGGGAGAUGUUCAUUCCCUACGCGUGGGGUCCCAACAUUGUCGACAUUCAAGCCUUCCGAGUCGGCCAAUUCGUCAUCGUGACGAGUCCCAGUGAGGUUGGGACAAUGGCAGGCCGCCGAUGGCGCGAGGCUGUGGCUGCUGAAGCUGAACAGUUCCUGGACGAGGAACCAAUUGUUGUGCUGACAAGCCCUGCGAACACGUAUGCGCAUUACGUGACCACGCCGGAGGAAUACGACAUCCAGAGGUACGAGGGCGCGUCGACACUCUACGGUCGCCAUUCUCUGGAUGCCUACAUCAACCUGACUGUGAGCAACCUCCAGUAUCUGACCCCGGACGCGACAGAGCGUCCUGCGCCAGGCCCUCCACCCCCGGACAACCGUGAGAAGGCUCUGUCGUUCAUCACUGGCGUAGUCAAGGACGGCGCGCCGAUUGGCCAGAAAUUUGGCAGUGUUCGUUCACAGCCGGCAUCUUCCUAUGAUCUGGGCGACGUUGUCAAGGCUACCUUCCAAGGUGCCAACCCGCGCAACAAUCUUCGGCUCGAGGGCACUUUCGUGGCCGUUGAGCGCCUAAAUGGGAACACUUGGACGCAAGUGCGCGAUGACGCCGAUUGGUUCCUGGUGUAUACGUGGCGGAGGACGAACUUUGUCCUAGGGUACAGCGAAGUGGACGUGACGUGGGAAACGAGUGGUAAUGCAGAGCCAGGCACAUACAGGUUCAAGUACUAUGGCGAUGCAAAGAACCUUCUAGGGAGAAUGACGGCUUUUCAGGGCACGAGCGGGAGUUUUGAGUUGAGCUAG